AUGAAGGUAGUUGUUGACGUUGGAUGUGGCCAUCAAACGUGUAAAGAUUGUUUCGUCGCUUACAUGGAGGCAUCGUUCGAACAAAACUCUUUCAUAAUCCUUCCACCACAUGGAUAUACGCUAUCGUGUCCGGUUUACGGAUGCAGAGGUAUCUUUCCUGUGUUCCGAAUGUUGAUUUUUCGGCUGCUAAGAUGA